GUACUUCUGUUUUUGGCUGUGUUGAUUUCUUUCACAGUGCUAGUUUUUCACCUUUUAUUUUUCCUUCCUUUAUUUCUACUGAUUGAUAGAUCUUAGGUGAAUUCUUUGUCCUGUAAUAAUGUAGAGUUGGUAAUGUAGUGUAUAAAUAUCUCUCUAGGUUGUAUGUGUCGUCUUUGAGGCAGAAUAACAUUCUUGCACAGAAAUACAAAAGAACAGAAAACACAAAACUCGAGUCUUGGUUUCUUCAAGUUUCAUUAAUAACUGGUUAUAGUUUUUUUGUUCUUCUGGACAACGAGUGAUAAAAAGCUAUGGUGCUAUCAAUAUUCAGUGCCCACGCUACCCCAAAAAUAUUCUGCAGUAUUAAUGAGAAUAUCACACAUGAUGGGCCAAAGAUUAAGCAAGAUGAUGUGCUGGAAGGACGAGGGUAUUAUCGUAUUGAGCCUUCUAAAUGGCACAAUUCCCCUCCAUUAGUGAAUGCACUGAAAGCUGCGGCUGAAGAUAAUGUGGCAAUGUUCGGCUUUCCUGGACACAACAGAGGUCGAGUAGCUCCACUGCCAAUGAUUCAGCUCAUUGGUGAAAGGUCAUUCCUUCAUGACAUAUCUGAGGUGGACAGCCUCUAUACACCGCAAGGGCCUAUAUUGGAAGCACAAAAGCAAGCAGCAGAAGUAUUUGGAGCAUCAAAGACAUGGUUUCUUGUUGGAGGUACAACUUGUGGAAUUCAUGCAGCUAUAAUGGGUGCUUGUAGUCCUGGAGACACCUUAAUUCUACCUCGAAAUUCUCACACAGCAGCAAUAUCUGCAAUGGUCUUAUCAGGGGUGGUACCUAAGUAUAUAUUUCCUGACUAUGAUUUUGAUUGGGAUAUGCCUACUACAAUCUCUCCAUCUCAGGUGAAAAGAGCAAUUGAGGAAUUGAAAUCAGAAGGCCGAAAACCCGGAGCUGUUUUCAUUACUUCCCCUACUUAUCAAGGACUAUGCCUCAAUAUAAAAGCGAUCUCUGAGCUAUGCAACCUACAUAAUAUUCCUCUUAUUGUAGAUGAAGCUCACGGUGCUCACUUCAAAUUUCACCCAUCUCUUCCGUUGUCGGCCCUCGAGCAAGGUGCAGAUGUGGUUGUUCAAUCCACACAUAAAGUUCUUUCUUCUCUUAGUCAAUCAUCUAUGUUACAUGUAUCCGAUAAUAAUAUCGUAGACAAGGAUAAAAUCAGUAGAUGCCUUCAAAGCCUUCAGAGCACUAGUCCAAGUCCCCUGCUUUUAGCUUCACUAGAUGCUACUACAACUCAACUAAAAGAACAUUCAGCAAGUAUUUUUAACAAUGCAAUUAAUUUAGCAAUGGAAGCUAAAAACACAAUCAAACAAAUUCCAGGAAUUACAUAUGAUUUCCCUAACAUUGACCCUUUACGUGCUACUUUUGGUGUCUAUGAUCUUGGUGUUUCCGGAUAUGAAGCUGAUGACUUCUUAUUUAUGGAUCAAAAGGUAAUCUCCGAGCUCUCUGCGCCGCGAUAUCUCACAGUUAUGAUUCCACCAGGAACUUGUAGGGAGCACAUCAAUAGGCUAAUCUUAGGAUUUAAGCAUUUAUCAUCAUCGUCAUCGUUCAUCCAACAUCAAAGGAAGAAUGAAAUAAAGCACGUUGAUGUAAAUAUUAACAUGUGGAAGGAUAUUGACAUGAAAUUAAGUCCACGAGAGGCAUUCUUUGCCAAGAAAAAGAAGGUAGAUGUUAAAGAUGCAGUCGGAAAAAUAUGUGGUGAGUUGAUAUGUCCAUUUCCACCUGGUAUUCCUAUUACUGCUCCGGGUGAAGUGAUAUCAGAAAGAGUUAUAGAUAUUUUACUGCAAUUUAAAGAUGAUGGUGCCAAAGUGGUUGGAGCUUGUGAUCCUCUUCUUUCUUCUAUACUUGUAUGUGAUACAGAUACUACAUCCGUUUCUUUUUAAUAGUUACACUUACAUUUUUACACAUGUCGAUACACUACUUUGGGCCUUUAUAUCUCUAAUUUUGUAUUUGUAGAAAAUAUAAAAAGUUGAUAUUUUCUAAAAGUACGUAUCAAAUAAGAUCCCACAUGACUAUAUUUUGGAGCAGGCAUAGUUUGAGUUGCAUUAUUAGCAAAAAUAAUCG